AUCACAAGAAAGGGUUUGAUAUGUGAUAUCCGCUCCUUUUCUUUAUUUCUUACCUCUAAUCUCUCUUUUUCUGAGAGCAGUUGAAGUUAAAUUUUUUGGAGAUUGAAGAUGAACAGCCGCCGCGAUCUGCAGGUGUGGAGAGACGCUGCUUCCGGAAUUGUUAUUUAUCGACUGGGAUCGGGAGCGAUUGUGCGGUUUGUUGGUUUGAAUCUCCGUGUCUAUCUUAUUUUUGGAGAUUAAACAGCCGCCGCGAUCUGCUGGUGUGGAGAGACGCAGCUUCCGGAAUUGUUAUUUUAUGACCGGGAUAAAAAAAGAUUGUGAAUCUCUCUGCCUAUCUUGAUGUUUUCGAGGGGAGCAGAGAUGUCGAAUUUUUGAAGGUGUGGGGAGAUGCUGCUUCCGGAAUUGAUCUGCAGGAUCGAGAGAGAUUGUGCAGUUUCUUGGUUUGAAUCUCUCUCUGUGAUGUCGAAUUUUUGGAGGUGUGGAGAGACGCUGCUUCUGGAAUUCUUAUCUUUCGAGAGUGAUUGUGCGGUUUGUUGGUUUGAAUCUCUCUCUGUCUAUCUGAUGUCGUUUGUUUGGAGGUGUGGAAAGACGCUGCUUCCGGAAUUCUUAUUUUACUGGAUCGAGAGUGAUUGUGCGGUUUGUUGGUUUGAAUCUCUCUCUGUCUAUCUUCUUAUCUGUUUUCGAGGCCAGAGAUGGCGAAUUUUUGGAGAUUGAAGAUAAACAGCCGUCGCGAUCUGCAUGCGUGUAGAGAUACUGCUUCCGGAAUUGUUAUUUUACCGAGAGAGAGAGAUUGUGCGGUUUGUUGGUUUGAAUCUCUCUCUGUCUUGUCUUCUAGAAUUUUUGGAUAUUUGAGUUUGAAGAUGAACAGCCGCCCCUGUGUCAAGAGACGCAAGGGCCGCCUAAUUCAUGAAUAAUGAUUUCUGCCACCACCACAACUGCCGCAUCACCACAUCACCACAUCUGCGCCUCAACUACCGCCACAAAAGCCACCGCCACCCACCACCACCACUUGAGGAUGAAACUUUGAGCUCUUACUGCACAUAGUCACCCAAAUGCAGGCACCCACCUCAAUCUCUCCGCUGUAAAAACUCCCAAUACCCACAUUGUGAAAAAAACACCAAACCCAUCCAAACCAAUCCCUCAACCGUAAAUAAGGCCCAAAACCUACCCAAAAACCUAUAGCCACAUUCUACGAAAACACUAAACCUCACCCAACAACUCAUACCCGCAUUCUACAAAAACACUAAACCCACCCAACAACCCAUACCCACAUUCUACCAAAACACUAAAUUCACCCAGAAAACCCAAUGCCCAAAACCCGAAUUUACCUAAAAUGCCCAAUGUCACACUAUUCACCUGGUUUGUUUUGUGCUCAAUAAAAUCUAAUGUAUAUUUUUUUUAAUACCAACUAUUUUUCGUAAUUUAUCAUGAUUUUUUUGGGGUGUCAUUUGGUAUUGCUGUGAUUGAAAAAAAGUUUUGAACUAAUUUUUUUCUAUAUUUUUUUGCCUACAAUUGUGUUUGGUGCCAAUGCCUUGAUUAUCAAAAGGUUUUUGAAAAAUGAAUUACGGUUCAUUUAAUGAACUUACUCACUACUUUUCCCAAAUCAAAAUGACACCCCUUACCCUUCAUAAAAGAACAUUACUCGUUGCAUUACUCGUUGGGUCUGCUCACACUGUUCGGCAUCUAUCUCCUCAUUGGCACUCUUCGGCGGCUAUCUCCUCAUUGCCACUCUUUGGCAGCUAUCUCCUCCUUGCCACACUUUGGCAGCUAUCUCUUCAACCCAUUCUGUUAAUCUGAACUAUGGAAAUCAGAGAAGACAUUGGUGAUCAAAGCAGUGGAGGUGGAAGUGGAGUCAACCUUCACAUGCCCCUGUUGGACCCCUCAACACUUGGAAGCGGAGUUGGAGGUGACCUGCCUCACUCACCACCUGCACCUGAUCACAUACAACCUGCACCUAAUCACAUACAAACUGCACUUGAGCACUUACGAGUUGCACUUGAGCACAUAGAAGCUGCACAUGAGCACAUACAAGGUGCAGUUCUUCUUCAACAAGAUGUAGCACAAGAUGCAACUCUUCUUCCACAAGAUAUUCCAGGGCCUGCACCUCCAACUCGUCUUCAAGUGGUCAUUAGGAUCAGCAUGUGGCCAUUGAUGCUUGGUAUGAUUUUUGGUUUAUUAAGUUGUUUCCUGCAUAGCUUCGUAGACAAAAAUGAAAAAAGAAGUUUAUCACCAUUUGCCUUUUCACUUUCCCUCACGGCACAAACAAUGUCAACUGUGGGAUACGGGGACAUUGUACCCGAUAGUGUUUGGGGUAAAGUUCUGACGUUAUUGUUGAGUUUUUUUCUUAGUGGAGUAUGGUGCUACGUGGGGGAUUUAUUUUUGAUGACAUUAUGUGAUUGUUUUAUUAAAUUAGUGGAACUUAUGCUAGUUGAUCGGUGCAUUAGUGAGCAUAAGUUUAACAGUUUUGUUGGCUGGUUAGAAUUGCUUGCGCCACUAUUUGCACCUAUUUUAUGUGUAGUUAUAGGUAUGUUAGAGUUUCACAGACUCACAGAAUUUAACUAUUUGGAUUGUUUGUAUUUGUCUGUGGUUACUAUAACAACACUUGGGUACGGGGAUAUCGUCAUUAAGUCGGAGGAUGCUGUAAUUUUUGCUAGUUUUUGGAUAUGGUUGUCGACGAUGAUAUACGCAAAGUGUACGUACUACAUAAGUUAUAGACUUGCAAGACGUUUGGGAAUAGUUUGAGACUUGAGACCACUCAUGUAUAUUGGUUUGAAAUACCAUUCUUUUCUAAUUUUGUGUA